AUGCAAAGGCAGAAAGUUAAAGCUAAAGAUCAGCCGCCGCCGGAUCCGCGCAGAGAGUACUUGGACGCUGAGUCCACCGACGAUGAGGAGAGGCACAAACUUGAAACGGCGGAGUUGGAAGAGGAGCUCAGGCCAGUUUACGACGACGAGGAGCUAUCGAAAUUGGUGACCAUCGUGAAGGAAAUGACAACCCUCAGCGACCUAUCGGAGCUGGAAUGGACGAGCUACAACGAAUUCCCGAUUAGGGAGUUCUUCCUGAACCCAGGGGUCUCCGUGCUGACCGUGUACUAUAUGUACAGGAGGCUCACCGCCUCGUUGGGAUUCCCCGUGGUCCCCGUUCACGAGCUCACCUACUUCGUCAGGGAACCGCACGAGAUCUUCCGUGCGGACAGCUUCAGGGAUCGCGUGCUGUUCGGGACGCUGAACACCAAGGUGGAGAGCCACAUUCUUUCCCUGGCGGACUUCUACACCAGCGUGGACACUUUCCUGUGCUCGCUAACUGACCUGGCGUACAAAAUGCUGGGCUUAACGGUGAUAUACGUACCCCGAGAGGGCGACGACGUCUCCACCGGCGUCGAGGCCAGCGCUGAUAAGGAGCUGGUCAAGAGACUCGAGGGCGUGGUGGCCUAUUGGACCACCCAAAUCAGGAUCGCCCUCUCCGACCAGGAACAAGCUACCCCGAACGAGUUGCUGUGCCUCGAGGACGAGCAUGAGUUUUGGGUUUAUCGCUACGACAAUCUCUGCGGCCUCAACUAUCAGCUGCAAAACACCACCGUAAAGAAGAUAGCCAUGUUUCUAACAGCCAACCACUCGACCUACGUUCGACAGUUCGUAACCCUGAAGGACGAGAUCGAGCACGGCGUGAAGGAAGCGAUUUCCAACAUCGGCUAUCUGCGCAUCCUCAAGCCCGACUCCGAGAAACUGAACAAAUGUACCGAUCCGGCAGACAUAGAACAGCACCUGACCAAGAUCAUACACUUGUUCAGGACCAUUUGGCUGAACUCGCCGUACUACAAUAGCCAGGAGAGGAUCGAGAAUCUGUUCAAAGCCCUGAGCAACCAGGUGGUCAUCAUCUGUCGAAAGUACGUGGACUUGAAGGACGUCUUCGCAGGGAGGACCAGGAAAUCCAUGGAAACCUUCAGGAAGUGCGUGGAGGCCUGCGAGAAUUACAAGACGUUAUACGAAAAGAUAGCGCACGCCCACACCAGCCUCGCGCAUCAACCGUGGGAUUUAAACAUGGACAAUAUAUUCCGUCAUAUUGAUAUUUUCAUCGGCAGGUGUCACGACAUGAUUGAGAUCUGUCAGGCGAUGAUCGAUUUUGCCAGAAUGGACGAAACUGCGGAGAACGUGAGGCCUAUGUUCAGCGGAACGAAGGGGGAGGAACACGAGAGGGUGUGCCAGAAGAUCGAGAGACUGUUCCACGAGGCCCUCCAGAAGAUCGAACAGAACUCUCAUAAGAUUUUAGAUGUUCACCAGGGAACCUGGCACGAGAACAUGUUUGCAUUUCGAUCUGAACUGAAGGAUCUAGAUAUCAUGGUGGAGAACCUGGUAGCGUCGACCUUCGCGGGGAUGCGUAACGUUCAGGAGGCGAUCGAGGACCUGCAAGGGUUCUACAGCUACAUGAACCGCGAGAAGCUCAAGACUCUGUUCGACGUGAAGGCCAACGAGAUAUGGAAACUGUUCGGCGACGAUAUCCAGCGAACGAAGCAGGAGGUCCUGGACGAAAGGGAGGAAUAUCCUUCGAUGACCCCGUAUUAUGCAGGCAGAGCGUUGAACCUACGGCUGAAAGGUGCUCGUCUGCAAUCAACAAGGGAGAUGCUGGAGGAGGCGGCGUGGAUCCCGUACUGCGGCCUCAGCGCGGAUCUCUACGAUCAGCACGAUAUUCUGAUGAAAUCGAUCGAGGAUUUGGCGACGGAUCUACACAACAAAUGGAUAUACGAGAGUGGCGAGAAUCCACGGGCCAGGCUCGAUCGUUUUCUGAUGCGGUGGAGCGACGAGAAGCCGGGCUCGAUCGAGUGCAACGUCGACCCGGAUAUUUUAACUUUGUGCCGUGAAUGCGCUUAUUGGAUCAACCUGAACUUCACCAUACCUGUCCACGUGCAGAUCGUCUACGACAGGUGGGAGACCCUGUAUUUUGUGUACGAGAGCGUCCUGGCUGUGGUCAUCGGUUACAACAAGGUGAUAGAAGCGUUGUCAAGCACAGAGCGCGAGCUGUUCCGCGAACUAAUUCGCAAGCUAGACAGGAAGAUCAAUCCCGGCUUAGGCAGGCUGACAUGGAACUCGGAAUACGUGGACGCAUACAUCGAGGAUUGCUUUAACCAAACGGCAAAUCUCCAAGAGUUCAUCGAUGUCUACAAAGACACAAACUUCGAGAUUAUGAGGAUCUGCGAGAACAUCUGCGACUCGCCUAUGAUCAAGAUCCGACCCAACUACACGUACACGCUGCUGGAGUUGGAGGAGGAAUUGCUGAGAACGAGGUACGCAUCAGGGGGUUUGUAUAAUAAUUCCAGCGAUGUAACCGUGCUCUGCUUCAGGAACCAGACCUUCGAGAUUAUACUGAGCAAACACAGGACGAUCAUUCAGCACGUGCUGGUCAUCUACGAUGGAUUCAAAGAAGUCAUUGCUGACAUUCUGCGAGACUGGAUGAACUAUCUGACUAAGAUCGACACGGUGAUCGCCGAGGCCUUGAGACAGUGUCUCAGUGGAUCUUUAGAGGCAAUGUACGUAGCCCUUCACGGGGAUGGGACCACUCCACCCUCGCCGUUCAUUCUGAUGCAUGCCGAUCUCAUCGAUAACAAGAUAAAUUUCACUCCAAGCGUAAUGGAGAUCUCCUCGGUGAUAUCAGUAGUCUUCGACAAGCUGCUGGAGCCACUGAAGAGUAUCCAACCAUUGGUGAACGUAUUCCGCAUCGGCCAGAGAAUUCCAGAGUUCACGAAGGCCUACGAGAAAGAUUCAGAGCUCCUCGACUUUCAGCAAAAGCUCAACGAUGAGAUCAGUUACUGCUUCAUUCAGAUACAAAAUUACCUGAAGAUCUGGGAACCCUUUCAAGAAGUGUGGGAGGUCAACAGGGACAUGUUCAUACAGAGGUACGAGAAGCUGAAGCCCACCGCGGAGUCUUACGACGGCGACAUCGCCAAAUACGGUUUGACAGCGAACAACGUUCAGAUGCAGGAAACGGUGAUGACCGUGCACUUCCUCGACGUGAAUGCAGAUAGGCUGAAGGGCACCAUCAUCGAGGAGUGCUCGAUCUGGCAGCAAAAAUUGAUGGGAUUAUUGCUGCGACAGACGGAGAACAUGACGAACCACGUUUAUCACUACAUCGCCGAGAACUCGAAAAAAAUAUCGAGGGAGCCGACGGACCUGAUCAGUAUGCAAUACUCGAUGCUGUUGUACGAGAGGCUCACCGCGGAGAUUCCGCAAGAGGAAGAGGAAUUCCCGAAGAUCCAGGAGCAACACCAGGUUCUGGAGAAGUACGAGGUUCCACUGACGUUCGACUUCAGGAGGAAAUUGAACCAUAUAGAGCCUUCCUGGGCCGCCUACUUGGUCUUGCUCGCCAAUUCGGAGAACAUGCUCAUAGGGAAAAAGGAGGAGUUCAAGGUCAUCCUACUGCAAGACGCACUAAUGUACAAGGACGAGGUCACUGCCCUCGUGGGCAAGUUCGGCGAUACGGGCCCGUUCACAUCCGACUGGACCGUGAAAGAUUCCUUCGCCUGGAUAGCCCUCCUGCGCAGAGAGAUCCUUUCCCUGAAAGGCAGGGAGGCGAGAUUGAAAUCUCAACUGUCUCUAUUCGGUAUCAACCAGCCAGACAACAUAGAGCUGAUGCAGCUGGACAAGGAUCUGGCGGCCGUCGAGCUGGUGUGGCAAAUCACCAACGAGUGGUACGAGGCUUGGGACAGAUACAGGACCGAGAACUUUUGGGAUAUCGAUAUGGCGGAGAUGGAGGACACCGCGAACGUCUUGUUCAGGAAGCUGAAUCGCCUCAGCCGGGAGCUCAGGGAGAAGAAAUGGGAGAUCCUCGAGCAUUCGAGGCAGCAGGUGGACAACUUCAGGCGCACCCUUCCUCUGAUCACCGACCUGAAGAACCCGGCGAUGAGGCCGCGACACUGGAAGAGGCUCAAAGACACCAUCGAUCGCGACUUCGACGAAACUUCAGAGACAUUUACUUUGGAACUGAUCGCGGAGAUGCAGCUGCAGAAUUUUGCGGAGGCUAUCGGCGAGAUCUCGAAUGCUGCUACCAUGGAACUAGCUAUCGAAGUCAGCAUCAAGCACAUUCGCGAGAUCUGGGACAGCAUGCCCAUAGAAAUGGUCCCCUACAAGGACAGGGGAAUGUACAGGCUAACGUCCAUAGACGACGUAAUGCAAACCCUGGACGAACAUCAGGUCCAACUCUCGGCGAUGAAGGCAACCAGGUUCGUCGAACCUUUCGCCGAAGAAGUCGAUUACUGGGAACGAACCCUCUCCUCCGUUGGGGAGAUCCUCGAGAUGACUCUGGUGAUCCAACGUGGUUAUAUUUACAUGGACAAUAUAUUCACCACGGAGGACAUCAGGAAGCAGCUGCCUAGGGAAACCCACGACUACGACAAGCUGACGAAACAGUGGAUCCGAAUCACGGCCACGAUGAAGUCUCACGCUCUGGCGCUACCGGCCACGCAGAAUCCGCCCGGUCUGUUGGAGGUUCUGAAUAAAAUCAACGGGAACCUGGAGUCGAUGCAGCGAGCUCUCGAGCAAUACCUCGAGACCAAACGCAACGUGUUUCCCAGGUUCUACUUCAUCUCCAACGACGACCUCCUGGAGAUCCUGGCGAACGCGCGCAGGCCAGAAAUGAUACAGCCCCACAUCAAGAAGCUCUUCGAGAACAUCAAGUCCCUGUCCCUUGGUAAGUCUAUCGUUGGCAAGCAAUUGGCCCACGGAAUGUUCUCUCACGAGGGUGAGUACGUCGACUUCGACACGUUUGUUAUCCUGGAAGGACAAGUCGAGGAAUGGCUUUGCGAAAUAGAAACCGCGAUGAGGACGAGCCUGCGCGACGUGUUGAGGCAGUGUCGGUUGGCGCUGCGAAAAAUGACCGCGAGACGCGACAGGUGGGUGAAAGAGUGGCCGAGCCAACCAGGAAUUACGUCCACUCAGAUCCAGUGGACGGCCGACUGCACCCGCGCCCUGCUGCACUGCAACAUGCUGGACUCGAGGAAGCCGCUGAAGAAACUGCGAAAACGCCAGAACCAGGCCCUGAGCAAGUACUCCGAGGCCAUCAGGAGCGACCUGAACAGACUGGAUCGCCUGAAAUUCAAAGCCAUCGUGGUGAUCGAGAUCCACGCGAGGGACGUCAUCGAGAAGAUGUACAGAGCGAAUUGCAAGGACGUGUCAGCUUUUGAGUGGCUGUCGCAGCUGCGAUUUUACUGGGACAAGGACAUCGACGACUGUAUCGUCUGGCAAACGAACACGCAUUUCGUCUACGGUUACGAGUACCUGGGAAACACAGGGCGUCUGGUGAUAACACCCCUCACGGAUCGUUGUUACAUCACGUUGACUACCGCGCUCCACUUGUACCGAGGAGGAAGCCCAAAGGGACCAGCGGGCACAGGAAAAACCGAGACCGUGAAGGACCUUGGGAAGGCCUUGGGAUUCAACGUGAUCGUGCAGAACUGCUCCGAGGGACUCGAUUACAAAAGCAUGGGGCGGAUGUUCUCUGGCCUGUCGCAGACCGGCGCUUGGGGGUGCUUCGACGAAUUUAAUCGCAUAAAUAUCGAGGUGUUAUCGGUGGUGGCGCAACAGAUACUGUCGAUACUCACCGCACUCUCCCAGAAGCUGAACAGAUUCGUAUUCGAGGGCUGUGAAAUAUCGCUGGUGCACACCUGCGGCAUCUUCAUCACGAUGAAUCCCGGGUACGCGGGCCGCACUGAACUCCCCGAUAAUCUGAAAUCCAUGUUCAGGCCAAUCUCGAUGAUGGUGCCGGACAGCAGCAUGAUCGCCGAGAUCAAUUUGUUCGGGGAGGGAUUCGAGAACACACGUGUCCUGGCCAGAAAGGUCUACACGCUGUACACUCUAGCCCAGCAGCAGCUCAGCAAGCAAUACCACUACGAUUUCGGUCUGAGGGGCAUAGUAACCCUGACCAGAUACGCUGGCAAGAAGAAGAGGCUCUAUCCAAACCUACCCGACGACGAGGUGAUCAUCCUCGCCAUGAAAGACAUGAACAUCGCCAAGCUCACCUCGGACGACUUGCCGUUGUUCCUCGGCAUUACCAGCGACCUAUUCCCGGACGUGGAGGUACCUACGGUGGAUUACGAGGAAAUUAUUAGUUAUAUAACCAAGGAGGCGAUCAAGCUGAAGCUUCAGCCUAUUCCCUUGAUACUGACGAAAGUUAUCGAGCUGUACGAGACGAUGAGUUCGAGACACUCCACCAUGAUAGUAGGCGAGUCGAAUACGGCGAAAACGGUCACGUGGCGUAUUCUGCAGAACACGAUGACGAGCAUGAAGAGCGACAAGAAGCCGGGCUUCAACGUCGUCAGGACCUAUCCCAUUAAUCCAAAGGCGCUGAGCCUGGGCGAACUCUACGGCGAAUACAAUCUUUCCACUGGAGAGUGGCACGACGGCGUCAUAUCGUCGAUCAUGAGGAACACCUGUUCAGACGAUAGUCCUGACGAAAAAUGGAUCCUGUUCGACGGGCCUGUGGACGCGGACUGGAUCGAGAACAUGAACAGUGUGAUGGACGAUAACAAGGUUUUAACGCUAAUAAACAACGACCGUAUCACGAUGCCGGAUCAAGUGUCCCUCCUGUUCGAGGUACAGGACCUCGCCGUCGCCUCGCCAGCGACGGUGUCGCGAGCAGGUAUGGUGUACAACGAUUACAAGGACCUGGGAUGGAAACCGUGCGUUGAAUCGUGGUUGCAGAAGCACCAGGGGAAACCAGAAUUCGUGGAAGAGAUGAGGAUGCUGUUCGAGGAGCACGUGAACAAUACCCUCGAGUUCAAACGAAACAGAUGCGAGGAAAUGGUUCAGGUGCCCGAGCUGAACGCUGUUCAGUCGCUGUGCAAGCUUCUGCAAGUCCUUGCCACCCCUGAAAACGGAGUGGAAUUCACGGGGGACAGAGACUCGUUCGCCAUCAUCUGCAAGAUGUGGUUCUUCUUCUGCAUGAUAUGGUCGCUGUGCGGCUCGGUUAACGAGGAGGGUCGCUACAGGGUGGACAAUUACAUGCGAGAAAUCGAGGGCUCUUUCCCUCUGCGUGACACCGUCUACGAGUACUUCGUGGACCCGCGUAUACGAUCGUUCGUCUCGUGGGAGGAAAGACUGCCUCAGGCGUGGAGGAUGCAGCCAGGAACACCGUUUUACAAAAUAGUGGUGCCAACCGUGGACACUGUGCGAUACGAGUUCAUAAUCGGUUCCCUAUUGAGAAACGAGUUCCCGGUGCUUCUCGUGGGCCCGGUGGGCACUGGGAAGACGUCCCUAUUCCACUCGGUGCUUGGCUCCCUUAGCGAGGAGAAGUACAGCGUCCUCACGCUGAACAUGUCCGCCCAGACCACAUCCAGAAACGUUCAAGACACGGUCGAGAGCAGACUCGAGAAACGCACGAAGGGUAUCUACAUCCCCGUGGGUGGUAAAACGAUGAUCGCCUUUAUGGACGACUUUAAUAUGCCCAUGAAGGAGACGUACGGCUCCCAGCCGCCGUUAGAGCUGAUUAGACAGCUGAUAGGAUACGGAUUCUGGUACGACCGCGCGAAGCAGAUAAAAAAAUACAUACAAAGAGUGCAGCUAAUGGCGGCGAUGGGUCCCCCGGGUGGCGGACGGAACGUUAUCACGAACAGACUUCUCACGAAGUUCAACGUUAUCAACAUGACGUUUCCCGUUGAGAAGCAAAUAGUGAGGAUAUACGGGACGAUGUUGAACCAACACUUGGUCGAGUUUCACGCGGAAGUCAAGAGAGUGUCUAACCAAGUAACAGCGGCCACUAUUAGCCUCUACAAUCACGUGGUCGAUAAGAUGCUUCCCACGCCCGCGAAGAUGCACUAUUUGUUCAACUUGAGGGACAUAUCCAAGAUUUUCCAAGGUCUCCUGAGAAGCCACGUAGAUUACCAAUACUCCAGCACCACGUUCCUCCGACUGUGGAUCCACGAGGCGUUUCGAGUCUUCAGCGACCGCCUCAUCGACGAAAGAGACAGGCAAUGGUUCGUGGACGAACUCAACGAACAGCUUGGAAAGCACUUCGAGAUGACCUUCCACAAUAUUUGUCCCGAGAAAAGGUGUCCCCUGUUUGGUAGCUUCAUGAACGCGUGGGACAUGUACGAGGACCUGACUGACAUUGCUGCCGUUAGGACCUACAUAGAGGCGCAGAUGGAUGAGUAUAACGCCUCUACAGGUGUGGUGCGGCUGGACCUCAUACUUUUCCGCGAUGCAAUCGAGCACAUUUGUCGAAUCGUUCGUGUAGUGUCUCAGCCUCGUGGAAACAUGCUGUUGAUAGGAGUGGGUGGCAGCGGCAGACAAUCGUUGUCGCGAAUCGCCAGCUACAUGUGCGAGCUGAGCAUCUUCCAAAUCUCUGUCACCAAGCAGUACCGACUGCCAGAGUUCCGCGAGGACUUGAAGAUCCUGUACAAGAAGACAGGCGUGGACAACAAACCGACCACGUUUCUCUUCAACGACACCCAGGUGAUCGAGGAGCAAUUCUUGGAGGUCGUCAACAGCGUACUUAGCACGGGAGAGGUGGCCAAUUUGUACAAGAGCGACGAGAUGGAGGAGAUUAGAAAGCAGCUGACGAAGGAGGCGACGCGGUCUGGACGUGUACCAACGACAGAGUCGAUCUAUUCGCUGUUGAUCGAGAGGGCGCGCGCCAAUAUGCAUCUGAUCCUGUGCAUGAGCCCGAUCGGGGACGCCUUCAGGAACAGAUUACGCCAGUACCCAGCCCUGAUCAACUGCACGACCAUCGAUUGGUUCCUGGAAUGGCCGAGGGAAGCACUCCUCGAAGUUGGCAACAAGUUCCUCAUGAAUCUCAAUCUGACGCUCACUAUCACCGGGGAAAAUAAAGUGGAGCCUCGACAAUCGACAACGGCUGCCCCCUUACCACCUCUUCAGGAUAGAAUGCGAGACGGAAUCGCCGGGACGUUCUCCCUGAUUCAUGAGACAGUGUCACAAUUUUCGCGCAGAAUGGCCGCGGAGAUGAAGCGGUACAAUUACGUGACGCCAGUGAAUUUUCUUGAACUGGUUGCUGGCUAUAAAACAAUGCUGACGGAGAAAAGGCAGAAUUUGGCGGACCAGGCGAACAAACUUCGCAAUGGUCUCUCGAAGAUCGACGAGACUCGGGUUAAAGUCAACGAAAUGGCAGCGGAGCUCGAAGUCACGCAGGAGCAGGUUCAUAAAUCUACCAGGGAAUGCGAAGAGUUCCUGAUAACGAUAGUGAACCAGAGCCGCGACGCAGACGAAACGCAGAAAACUGUGGCGGCCAGGUCGCAGAAGAUAGGCGAGGAACAAAAGGAAUGUAAGAAACUCGAGGAGCUCGCUCGCGCUGACCUCGCAACAGUCGAGCCAGCUCUGAACGAGGCCAUGAAGGCUUUAGACGCCCUCAGCAAGAAGGACAUCUCGGAGAUCAGAUCCUUCACGCGUCCUCCGCCGAAAGUGGAGAUGGUGAUGGAGGCGGUGAUGAUCCUGAAGAACUCUGAGCCGAGCUGGGCGGAGUCGAAACGUCAGCUCGCCGACGUGAACUUUCUCAACACGUUGAGGGACUUUGACAAAGACCACAUAUCCGACAGGACGCUGAGAGCCAUCGCCAGGUACACGUCCAAUCCGGAAUUCGACGCGGAGAAAGUCGGCCAGGUAUCGAUCGCAGCCAAGUCGCUCUGCAUAUGGGUCAUAGCCAUGGAGAAGUACGGGAAGCUUUACAGGAUCGUGGCGCCAAAGAGAGAGAAGCUGUACGCCGCGCUGGCGUCCCUCAAGCAAAAAGAGGACGCUCUCGCGGAGGCGAUGCAGCAGUUGGAAAAAUUGCAAGAGAAGCUGAGGAAGCUCCAAGAGAUGUACGAUGGGAAGAUGAGGGAGAAGGAGGAGCUAAUUAAGCUGGCGAUUGUUUUCGAUUCUACUUGCGUGUAUUUUCAGGCGGAACUGCUGAAGUUGAAACUGGAACGCGCCGCGAUGCUGGUCGACGGUCUAUCCGACGAACGAAUCCGAUGGGAGAACACGGUCGGAUCGCUGGCCACGUUCUUCGACUGGCUGCCAGGGGAUUGCCUAAUAUCCACCGCCUUUGUGUCGUAUUUGGGUCCCUUCGUGUCCAAUUACAGGGAGGAGCUGAUAACCAUCUGGAUGAAUGAGGUGCAGGAGAAAGAAAUUCCAACGUCGCCGAAGCUCGACGUGAAGGAAUUCCUGGUCGACCCGGCGGUGAUCAGGGAUUGGAACAUCCAGGGCUUGCCGUCCGACGACUUCAGCACCGAGAACGGGAUCAUCGUGACGAGGGGGACCAGGUGGCCGUUAGUGAUCGAUCCACAGUGCCAGGCGACGAAAUGGAUCAAGAACAUGGAGGCAAAGAAUUCGUUGAAGGUGAUCGAUUUCGGCCAAGCAGACUACACGAGAGUCCUGGAGCAAGCCCUGCAAUACGGCAGACCUGUGCUGCUGGAGAACAUCGGCGAGACGGUCGACCCCACCUUGAACCCCAUCCUCGAGAGGGCCCUCGUGAAACUAGGUAACCAAGUGAUGAUCAAGUUCAACGAAAAGAUGAUCACCUACAACGACAACUUCCGGCUGUUCAUCACGACGAAACUCCCCAACCCCCAUUACGCCCCGGAGAUAUCCACUAAAACGACGUUAUGCAACUUCGCCAUUAAGGAGCAGGGACUGGAGGACCAACUCUUGGGAAUCGUGGUCAGGAAAGAGAAGCCGCAGCUCGAGGAGCAGAAGGACCAUCUGGUCCUCACGAUCUCCACCAAUAAACGAACUCUCAAAGAACUGGAGGACAAAAUUCUCUUUCUGCUCAGCGUAGCUGGCGACAACCUUCUGGACGACCUCGACCUGCUGAGCACCCUGCAGUCGUCGAAAGUGACCUCCACCUCGAUCGAGGAGUCCUUGGUGGUCUCGGAAGAGACCGAGAAGAAGAUAGAUCUCGCGAGAGAGGAGUACAGGCCGUGCGCCCAACGCGCAGCGAUCCUCUUCUUCGUCCUCAACGACACGAACCUCAUCGAUCCCAUGUACCAGUUCUCCCUAGACGCCUACAUCACCCUGUUCAUGUUGUCCAUCGAGAAGAGUCCAAAAAGUAUCAAACUUGCUGAGAGAAUCGAGAGUUUGAACGAGUACCACACAUACGCUUUGUACAAAAACACGUGCCGAGGUCUGUUCGAGCACCACAAGUUACUGUUCUCCUUCAACAUGUGCAUCAAGAUACUGGACGCCCAAGGUAAAGUCAUGCCUGCAGAGUACGCGUUUCUUCUUCACGGCGGGAUCGUUCUGGACCGAGAGAGCCAACCAGACAAGCCUGUGCCGUGGAUGCCGGACGAGACUUGGGACAACGUCACGGAACUGGACAAGCUGCCUGGAUUCCACGGAUUUAUUUCCUCCUUCGAGCAGUUCCCGCGGGACUGGCAUGCUUGGUACAUCAGUACGGAACCAGAAAGCAUACCCCUAGUGGCCGAAUGGGACGUGAACUGCAACUUGUUCCAAAAAAUGCUGGUAAUACGCAGCUGCCGUCCCGACAGAAUUUCCUUCUGCAUCGCGCACUUCAUCGUGCUGAAUCUCGGUCAAAGAUUCGUGGAGCCCCCGGUACUCGACCUGAAAGCCGUCCUCGACGAUUCCGUCGCGCAGACCCCACUCAUAUUUGUUCUCUCGCCUGGCGUGGAUCCUACGAGCACUUUGAUGCAAUUAGUCGACAGCCAGGAAAUGACAAAUCAUUUUAUGACUCUCUCCCUAGGCCAAGGACAAUCGCCUAUCGCAACUAGGAUGAUAGAGGUUGGCGCCAAAGAAGGAGCGUGGGUGUUCCUCGCGAACUGCCACUUGUCGUUAAGCUGGAUGCCGAAACUGGAUAAAAUCGUGGAGACACUGGGCUCGAGUCGCACCCUCCACCCUCAAUUCAGAUUGUGGCUUAGCUCGAGCCCGACUCCCCAAUUCCCCAUAUCGAUCCUUCAGGCGGGGAUAAAGAUGACCACGGAACCGCCGAAAGGUCUGAGGGCAAACAUGAAGCGUCUUUACGGUUUAAUAACCGAAAUCCAAUUCGAGCUGUGCCAAGCGAAGCACAAGUACAAGAAGCUUCUCUUCGCCUUGGUAUUCUUCCACGCCAUUCUCCUGGAACGUAAAAAGUUCCAGCAAUUGGGCUGGAACGUCGUCUACAGCUUCAACGACUCCGACUUUGUGGUGUCAGAGAACCUCCUGCAGGUCUACCUCGACGAAUACUCGAUCACUCCAUGGGAAUCCCUGAAAUACCUUAUAGCAGGUGUUUGCUACGGUGGUCACGUGACCGACGACUGGGACCGCAGGUUGCUGAUGACGUACGUCCAACAAUAUUUCAACGAAGAGGUCCUGACGGUGCCUCAUUAUCGUUUGUCAUCGCUGCCCACCUAUUACAUACCGCGGGACGGCUCCUUGGAGUCCUACCGCGACUUCAUUGCCGUGUUACCCAGCAUCGACAAACCUGAAGCCUUCGGCCAGCACCCCAACGCUGACAUUACCUGUCUGAUCAUGGAGGCUAGGAACAUGUUCGAGACGCUGAUGAGUCUUCAGGUUCAAACAGUUGCCAGCGAAGAAGCUAGCAAGGAGGAAAAGGUUACCCAGCUGACCGCGGAUAUACUGUCGAGAAUCCCCAAGGACAUCGAUUACGAGACAACGCAAAGACUGAUCGGUCCCCGCAAGACACCUCUGGACGUCGUGCUGCUUCAGGAAAUACAACGCUACAACGUUCUCAUGCGGAAGACCCGUAACAGUCUAGAGGAACUUCGUCAGGCCAUUAAAGGCUUGGUGCUGAUGUCUUCCGACUUGGAGGAUAUCUUUACGUGCGUCUACGAAGGUCGUGUCCCGUCGAUCUGGUUGACAGCUUAUCCCUCCUUGAAGCUACUUGGCGCUUGGACCAGGGAUCUGGUCAGCAGGGUGGAACACUUCAACGAAUGGGCUCGAACUACCCAUCCACCGUUACUGUUCUGGUUGGCCGCGUAUACAUUCCCCACUGGCUUCCUCACCGCGGUAUUGCAGACGUCAGCGAGACUCUGGAACGUCUCUAUCGAUUCCCUGUCCUGGGAGUUCACCGUUUUUACCAUCGACGAGUCCACCAUCAUCGAGCCACCCGUGAAAAUAGCUGCGUGCGCGCACGUUCCUAACCGUGUGUACAUUCCAUUACAGGACGGCGUGUACAUACGCUCCAUCUUUCUGGAAGGCGCUGGCUGGGACAAGAGGAACAGCGUCCUCGUCGAGCCUGCCCCCAUGCAACUUGUUUGCGACAUGCCGGUGAUUCACUUCCGUCCCACGGAGCAUCUUAAAAAGAGAACAAAAGGACUCUACAACAGCCCCUGCUAUUACUACCCCCAAAGGAGCGGCGACGGAGGAAGACCCUCGUUCGUCGUGGCGGUCGACCUCAACGCUGGCCAGGAGGGAUCGGAGUUUUGGGUGAAGAGAGGCACUGCUCUGUUGCUCAGUCUUUCGACGUAGGCUAAUUAGUACAUCACAGCGUUUAUUUGUUAAGAACUCGCGAGCUCUUAUCGCGAAGCGAUUAUUCCUAUUUUCCGAUAAGUGAUCCCGCGAAAUGAAAUUACCAAAUUGUCUUGAACUCGAGAUCCACAGGAGUCGGUGGGUUACCGGUUACCGCAGCUUUGCUUUCCCACGCUUUAAUGUCAAAAGGUUACCGAUUACCACAGCUUACUUAUUCAAUAAGCGAUUCUGCGAAAUAAAGCGACCAACUGCCCCAAACUCGAGGUCUCCGGGUGGUGGGUUACCGGUUACCGCAGCUUUGGUUUCCCACUCUUUAAUGUCAAAAGGUUACCGAUUAC